UACCUGAAAGCAACAGCGAAGAAAUUUCUUCAUGGCCAACUAUAUAUCCUACAGCCCAUCCCCUUUAGCAGAGUUCUAAAGCACAUUCAUCCGAGGGGAAAGAGAGUGAUAUCUUCUAUCCAUAUUUAGCUGUAAGAAUUUCAUAACAAUGAAUUCCCAUCAAAAUUGCGAAACAUAGUGAUGGAAGGGAAGAAAGAGUACACGAAUACUCCAGUGGUGCCAGAUGGAGAAUAUGAAACCUUCACCUGCCCACAGCCCCCCAUAACUCCAAGAAAGAGGAAGAACAAGAUAAAAAACAAGAGGAGGUUUAGUGACGAACAAAUUAAGUCACUGGAGUCCAUUUUUGAAUCAGAGACAAGGCUUGAGCCUAAGAAGAAGGUGCAGCUGGCAAGAGAGCUCGGGCUGCAACCUCGCCAGGUAGCCAUAUGGUUUCAGAACAGAAGGGCUAGAUGGAAGUCAAAACAGAUAGAGCAAGAAUACAGAACGCUCAAGGAUGAUUAUGACAAUCUAGCAUCCAAGUUUGAGUCAUUAAAGAAAGAGAAGCAAUCCUUGCUCAUACAGUUGCAGAACCUAGGUGAUCUGCUUGGAAAAAAUCAUGAUGGGAGUGGGAAUAGCGAGGGUUUGGAAGGAAGUAGCAGAGUCGGUGGAUCAGAUAAUGUGAACAUUAAUAGUGAGACUAAAGGAAAGCAGAGUUGCUUAAAGAAGGGAGUGGAACAAGGUAGUGUAAUGUGUCCACGUGAAGAUAAGAACGACAUUGGAAACUUUGGGGAGGAAGGACACAGACUUUUGAACAUGACUGAACAUGGACAUGGUUCCUUGGCAUCACUUGAAAAAUGGUACAGUUAUGAUUCGGGUGGUAUGUUUGAUCAGUUAUGUAGCAGUCCAUACUGGUUCAAUUCUUGGACUUGAAAAAUGCACCUUGCCUACAAAAGUUGGAUGUUUAUUUGACAACUGAUUCCUCAUGCUGGAUGGGACCUCAAAAGGAACACACGAGAGAGGGUGAAUAUGAAGUGGAUGACUCAAAUACAUCCAGAAUUGUCAGCAUGUUAACCUAUAGUAGAUUGGAAAUCUCGCACUCAUUUUGCCAGGAAGAUCAAAGGUAAACUUACACACCUUGAAAGAAGUGAAGCCAGCAAAGGAAUGGUCACCUAGAGGUUUUUUCAGGCAUGUAUGCCUGCGUGAGUAUGUGACCGUGUUGUGAGGUAAGACCACGAGCUUGUAAAAUUCUGAGAAGCAUCAAUACAGAGAGGGUGUAAGAUAUUGCUUGAAAUAAUAAAGCAGUAGAUUGUUUGAUUAUGUGAAA